UUCGUCGAUUCGCGCAUUUCAUUUUUUGACAACUUCCGCCUAUCAGUCUCGCACGUUCACCGAUGCUUGGUCAUUUUGCGAAGUCAGGCGAUGGUCGAAGCCGAUUUGCCCUUUCUAGACGAAGACGAAAUGUUACAGGCAGCCAUGAAUGACGUGAUGCUGGAUCUGAUAGACGAGGUGACACUAGGUCUGUGUUUCGAGGUUCAUCGGGCGACCAAGAGGGGCACCAUAUUCCUGUCUGACACAGAUCCCCAGGCACAUAAAGAUCAUGAAAUUGUUGAUCGUCCAGGAGUGGAUGUGUUUGGCCAGGUGCCGACAAAGAAGCAGUUUGAGUGUGUGUGUCCUAACUGCCAGCGCCAUCUGGCGGCGUCUCGCUUCGCUCCCCAUCUGGAGAAGUGCAUGGGGAUGGGGCGUAACAGUUCCCGUAUCGCAAGUAGACGUAUUGCCAACAACAGUACCAAGCGAGACAGCGGUGACGAUAGUGGAGACGACGACAAUGACAACGACUGGACAUACAUAGAAUCAGCCAAGAAAACAAAAAAAACAAGUAAAAAGGAAAAAAGUGUCAACUCUCCUCGCAGAAAUAAGUCCCAGGUCAGCAAGGUGAAAAAUGGAGGUGACUCCAAUACGGAAAGCAUCGGAACACCUGAAUCUAACUCACUCAACUAUGAAAGUAUGACAAUAGAGGAAAGAAAGUCGCUUCUUUUACUGACGUGCGGGGUAAUCUCAGAACACACCAAGAAGAUGUGCACAAGGUCCAGUCGAUGUCCUCAACACACAGAUGACCAGAGGAGUAAAGUCCGACAGUUGCUACUGCGGCAGGGUUCAUCCCUUGAAGGUGAGGACGUACACGUCGACAUAGACAGCAUCGACGAUGCAGAGAACCAGGCACUGCGAGAAACCCUGCAGUGGGAGGCCUCCUCUAACUCCUCCCCUGCUGACUCCACCUCCACCAACAACAGUACAGGGUCCAGAAAAAGGUCACAGAAAAGUUCUUCAAAGUCAGGCGGAAAUAAGAAGAGAAAAACUGGUAAAUCUUCAGCCAAUAAUGGGGGAAGCAACACAAGUUCCUCGGCCAACCUCUACGACUUCAGCUGAGUGUGACUGCAGUGGUAGAUACAUCUAUACAUAUGUGAAGAUGACAAUACUCUCUCAGGGCUGAUGAGUUAACAGCUGGGCCCUGUCAUGGGUAUAUGUUAACUUGGUCACCAGUGUAGUGUGUAUCAGCCAGUCGGGUGCGGACAGGCCUGCUUCAACUGGCAAGCAGCUGGAGACAUACUGUGGUGGUCCCCCACGGGGUUGGGGGUCAUGCAGACAGACUGUGGUGGUCCCCCACGGGGUUGGGGGUCAUGCAGACAGACUGUGGUGGUCCCCCACGGGGUUGGGUGUCAUGCGGACAUACUGUGGUGGUCCCCCACAGGGUUGGGUGUUAUGCGGACAUACUGUGGUGGUCCCCCACGGGGUUGGGUGUCAUGCAGACAGACUGUGGUGGUCCCCCACGGGGUUGGGUGUCAUGCAGACAGACUGGUGGUCCCCCACGGGGUUGGGUGUCAUGCGAACAUACUGUGGUGGUCCCCCACAGGGUUGGGUGUCAACCCGAUUCUUGACCAGUGUCCCGUCACGGUGACAUCGUCUCACAUCUCAGGGCAGGGUCAUGUCAGUGUUGUAUGGCUGUUCUCAGUAGUGUGAGGAAUUAGAUAGGCUGUGCAGAUGUGCCAAAGUUUAAUGUGGAGUUGCAUGCACUGGUCUUGUUCCUUAAUCUAAUACCAAACUGUUCACCUGGUCCUGUUCCCUCAUAGCACUUGGUGGUGUAAGUCAUGGCAUAGCUAAAAAAAGACCCUCAGAGCUUGUUUAAUCCAAAUCAGAUUGUUAUGCCUCUGUUAAGAAUCUUGCAAUUCAAACGGUUAACCCGUAUCACGUGAUGAAACAAUACACUUCAAUGUAGAACCCGAAAUCAUGUGACUGACACUGACUUCGAAUGUUGACUCGUCACAUGAUCAGUAUUGACCUGUCACGUGAUGAAUAUUGACUUUAGUGCUAGAAAACAAGAAGGCAUCUGGUAUGAACAUUUUACAGUUCGCAGCUAAGUUACUAUAACACACCAGAUACAGUUUAAAGACUUCAUAAAUUUGAUGAGGUAAAUAUGCAAAAACAACGCCCGAAGGACCUGGCCCCUUCUGUCAAACCACCUCGGGGGUUGGGUCUACAGGUCCUUCUUUUCUCAUGUUUUUCCUUCUCAAGAGAAAUUAUUUGUUUAGUGUGUUUUUGGUGACUUACUACAGUAUUGCCAGCUUGUGGGGUUGGGGAGAGGGUGGCCCAGUCAUGCGAGGUACCAUGAUUCACUGUUUAGGCUUGCAUCUCUUAGCAGUGCCAAAUUAACAAUAGAUUCUGUCACAGACUUAUGGCCAUAGGGCUAAGAUCAGCUUCUUGGACAAGACAGAGGGCCCCAUUCUACAGAGUCAUCUUAGCGCUAUGAUGAUAAUAAGUCUGUUGAAGAUUAUGACAAUACAACAGUGGUGGACCUCGGAUUGCUUUGUGGAACCCAUUCUAGAGUCAUCUUAGCGCUAAGAUGAUAAUAAGUCUGUUGAAGAUUAUAACAAUACAACAGUGGUGGACCUCGGAUUGCUUUGUGGAACAGGACCCAGCAUUAUGAAGAACUGAGUUCAAUCUAAAUGACAUCCCUAUUGCUGAGUCAUCAUAAAUCACAGACUGCUUGGUUCCCUUCUCUCUUUGUCCCCUGUCCAGAUUCUGGGUCAGAAUUAAUCAACCUGUGCUUAUUGUACACAGGGUUUUAGUAUCUUUGGUGGUCAGGCAGGUCAGGUGGUGACUUGGUUUAUAGUCUCAACGUACCGUGAGGGCGUGGGUCGUCGCUCAUCAGAAUGGAUUGCUUACAGGUUGCCAUCAUGUAGCUGGAAUAUUACUGAAAUUGGUGUUAAACAAUUUAAAUAAUAAGACACCGACAUCUCGCUGAGUGUGGUGCUAAACAACAAAUAAACAAAAACAACAAAGGAUCUUUCCUUGAGUUCUUGCUCCAGUGUAUGGUAUUGUGUCAUGGAGAAAUGUGUAUAUAGAGCAGAGACCGUGUACAUACAACCGGUGAGACUGUUGCUACAAGAUGGCUUCUCUUGACUAUGGUUUGUAAAUUGCGAAAUAUUCAGUGUUGGUUGGCAGAGGAAGUUCGGUUGUAUAAUUAUUGUUUUUUUCUCAGAUACUGUGUCAUGGUGGAUAUGUUUGGGUAUCCAGUAGUUUUGGAAGAGCUUUAAACAUCAAAAUGAAAGUGAAUUGGUGACAGGCUAUUUGGUAGUGAAUGAGAGCUUUAAUCUGAAUGGUUAAAUGGCCUCUUGCUGUUGCUAUCAUGAUCAAUCAUGAAUGAUUGAGAAUUGAAAAAUAUGACCUUGUACGUUAAGGGAUUACAGAGUGGGACACUUUGUGGAACAGAUUGAUUUUUUUUGCCCCCAUAGGGAUCCUGGGUUAGAAUUAGCCUCCAGCAACCUUUGCUGGUCGUAUAAGGUGUCUAAAUGGACUGAGUGGUCAGGCAGACUUAAUUAUUUACACACCACACCACACCACACCACACCACACCAACCCUUGGUUGCCUCAUCUUCCUUUCUUGAAGGGGGCACAGGUGGCCCAUUCGUCUAAGGUGCCCCAAUUCACAGUGCAGAGUUGCAUCCCUUAGGUGUGUCAGAAACCUAUGAUCAUCGGGUUUUCCUCCCACAUGAAGCUGACAUGCGUGAUAUAACUUACAUACUGCUCCAACUAGCCUUAAACCAACCUCACUUCCACCGUUCUUGUACUUUUCUUCUCAACAUUUUUCACUACAAGAACAAGCGUGCCUACUAAGAUGACAUAAAUUCAGUUUCAUUUUGAUUUCUGCACAAUGCUUUGUAAACUAGUCUGGGUUAAUUAAAGAAUAAUCCUUUGUAAACUAGUCUGGGUUAAUUAAAGAAUAAUCCUUCAUGGAAACAGGGAGACACAACUAGUGACAUUUGUUUAGGAUAAUAUAUCAACGACGAGUGAACGUCGGAUAGUGAAAGGAGAGUAGUACAUCGCUACAAUUACACAGCUGUCUUGUAAUGUGUUUGUUUCUGUGAAUGAUGUUGCUAGACGAUGUGCUGCGUCAGUUGUUGUUGUUGACUGGUGGUUCAGUUCACUGUUCAAGCAGAUCAUGGGCUACACGUCCAGUGAGUCAAAGUUUCCAACAGGACUUCUAAUUCAUCACAUGACGAUUAAGUGAUCUGUUCUCAUAUGUUAAAGUAUGAAAAGUUGUCUUUCUUGAUUUUGCAAUGUGCUUAAAGCGAACAACUUGUUCCUUUGUUACUUUGUUUAUAAUGUAUUUAUUGUGUACAGUACAAGAUGUGAAACUGUAUGAAUAUACAAAUGAAUAAACAAUUAAUGGUU